UUCAACCGGAAGCCCAAGUAUGUUGCCGGAAGUAAGGAUCACUUUGCUAGAGUAAGCGCACCUUUUCAGCAUGUGGAGUCUGUUUGGGCUUUCAGUUCCGACAAAAUCCAGAUAAAUAUUUCUAAAAUUACGACAAGUUACCGAAAAGAUGGGAAAGAAAGGAAAGAAAGAGAAGAAGGGGAAAGGAGCGGAUAAGACGGCCGCUAAAAUGGAGAAAAAGGUUUCAAAGAGGUCCAAAAGAGAAGAGGAAGAUUUGGAGGCUCUGAUCUCUGAGUUUCAGAAUCUGGACUCUAAGAAGACCCAGGUCGUAGAAACCAACUGUUCCCCUCCAGCACCGAGGCUGAAUGCGUCUCUGUCUGCUCAUCCUGAGAAAGACGAGCUCAUCCUGUUUGGAGGAGAAUUCUUCAAUGGAAAAAAGACGUUUCUCUACAACGAUUUGUUUUUCUACAAUAUCAAGAAGAACAGCUGGGUUAAAUCGGACAUACCCAACCCUCCUCCUCCACGCUGCUCCCACCAGGCGGUGGUGGUCCCGCAGGGUGGAGGUCAGCUCUGGCUGUUCGGAGGGGAGUUCGCUUCUCCAAAUGGGGAGCAAUUCUACCACUACAAGGACCUCUGGGUGCUGCACCUGGCUACACACACAUGGGAAAACAUCAAAGCUGCCGGUGGUCCGUCGGGCCGCAGCGGCCAUCGAAUGGUCCUCAGCAAGAGGCAGCUGCUGGUGUUUGGAGGUUUCCAUGAGAGUACGAGGGAUUUUAUCUACUACAAUGACGUCCACGCCUUCUCCUUGGACACCUUCUCCUGGUCCCGCCUCACUCCGUCAGGCUCCGCCCCCUCUCCGCGCUCCGCCUGCCAGAUGACCGCCUCGCCGGACGGCGCGGGCGUCAUCAUCUAUGGAGGAUACUCCAAAGUGAGGGUGAAGAAAGACGUGGAGAAGGGGAGCAUCCACUCCGACAUGUUUCUCCUGAAGCGAGACGGCAAAGAGGGACAAGAAAAGUGGUCCUGGUCCAGAUUGAGCCCGUCGGGGAGCAAGCCGCCCCCCCGCUCCGGGUUCUCUCUGGCCGUGGGUCCAGCGGGCCGGGCGGUUCUGUUCGGCGGCGUUUGUGAUGAAGAGGAGGAGGAGUCACUGGAGGGAGACUUCUACAACGACCUGUACUUGUACGAUUCGGUGAAGAACCGCUGGUUCCCCGGCUUGCUCAGGGGAACCAAGUCGGAGAAGAAGAAACGACGAAGGGGGAAGAAAGUGGAGGACGAAGGAGCAGAAAGGAAGGAUGAGGAAGAGGAGGCAACGGCUCGAGGACCAACUGAGGUCAUCAAGGAGGUUGUGACAGAGGACGGCACGGUGAUGACCAUCAAGGAAGUGAUCCCCGGUCCUCAAGAGGAGGAGGAGGAUGAGGAGGAGGAAGAGGAAGAGGAGGAAAAUGGUUCGGCCUCGGCGCCGUCGGUGGAGCCGUGUCCGAGGUCCAGCGCCAUGGCAACAGUGCGUCAGGGCAAGCUGUACCUGUACGGUGGGAUGUUCGAGGUGGGAGACCGCCAGUUCACCCUGAGCGACUUCUACUGCCUGGACCUGCACAAGAUGGACCAGUGGGAGGUUCUGGUGGAAAUGGACCCGAAGACGCAGGAGUGGCUGGAAGAGUCUGAGUCAGAGGAUGAAGAGGAGGAGGAGGAGGAGGAGGAACCCAGAGGAGCAGAAGGAGAGGAAGAGGAGGAGGAGGAAGACAGCGAGGAUGAUGAAGAGGAGGAAGAGGAGGAAGAGGAGCACCCCGCGGUGCAGGAGGGAGAGACACUGACAGACUACCAGAACCGGACCGAGCAGUACUGGGUUAAACUCGCACGCGCCAACAUGGGGCCGGACGCCAAGGACAAAAAAGUGGCCAAAGUUGCCGUUGCCAUGGCGAAAGUCUUCUAUGAAGACCAAUAGUUGGAAUCCCAGAACAGUGAGUGAGUGAGUGUGAAGGUGCGUGUGUUUGUUUACCUUUAUAUUCAAUUAAAUUUCAUAACUUGUAAUAAAAGUUAAGUCUCUAAGCAAAACAUCUAAACAUAAACUUCCAAAUGAUGCAGUGAAUCUGAAUAAAUAAUAACUGGUAACACAUUUAAUUUUGACAAUUUUAACAAAUAUGUGAAAAACAUGUUGGUUUUUUUUUUAAUACAAUUUACAAACUGAAGCUUUAAUCCUGGAAAUGUUCUUCAGGUCCAGGUGACAGAAGACCGACUUUGUAAUUAUCUUUAUGUGUCUCUGAAAGUUCAGGUCUUAGUUCAUUUUGACUCCCAGAUAAAUAAACUUAUUUCAGUCGUU